AUGAAUCCCAUGAUAAGAGUGGGUCAGAAGAACUUAAUUGACCCUGUAGAAAAGGCCCUUCGAGAUGCUAAACUAGACAAGUCACAGAUCCAUGACAUUGUCCUGGUGGGUGGUUCUACCAGAAUCCCCAAGAUUCAGAAGCUUCUGCAGGACUUCUUCAAUGGGAAAGAACUGAACAAGAGCAUUAACCCUGAUGAAGCUGUUGCUUAUGGUGCAGCUGUUCAGGCCGCCAUUCUGUCUGGUGACAAGUCUGAGAAUGUUCAGGAUUUGCUGCUGUUGGAUGUCACUCCUCUUUCCCUUGGUAUUGAAACUGCUGGUGGAGUCAUGACAGUCCUCAUCAAGCGCAAUACCACCAUUCCUACUAAGCAGACACAGACUUUCACUACAUACUCUGACAAUCAGCCCGGUGUGCUCAUUCAGGUCUAUGAAGGUGAAAGGGCCAUGACCAAGGAUAACAACCUGCUUGGAAAGUUUGAACUUACAGGCAUCCCUCCAGCACCCCGUGGUGUGCCUCAGAUUGAAGUCACUUUUGACAUCGAUGCCAAUGGCAUCCUCAAUGUCUCUGCUGUAGAUAAGAGCACUGGCAAGGAGAACAAGAUCACCAUCACCAAUGACAAGGGCCGCUUGAGCAAGGAGGAUAUUGAACGCAUGGUCCAGGAAGCUGAGAAGUACAAAGCUGAAGAUGAGAAGCAGAGAGAUAAGGUUUCCUCCAAGAAUUCACUGGAGUCCUAUGCUUUCAACAUGAAAGCAACAGUUGAAGAUGAGAAACUUCAAGGCAAGAUCAAUGAUGAGGACAAACAGAAGAUCCUAGACAAGUGUAAUGAGAUCAUCAGUUGGCUGGAUAAGAAUCAGACUGCAGAAAAGGAAGAAUUUGAACACCAGCAGAAGGAACUGGAGAAAGUCUGCAACCCCAUCAUUACCAAGCUGUACCAGAGUGCUGGUGGCAUGCCUGGAGGAAUGCCUGGGGGCUUCCCUGGUGGUGGAGCUCCUCCAUCUGGUGGUGCUUCUUCAGGGCCUACCAUUGAAGAGGUGGAUUAAGUCAGUCCAAGCAGAGGUGUAGCAUUGUUCCACAGGGAAACAUUUGAAGGACCCAAAUUUAGCAAAGUUUCAUGGCAGUUUUUAAACUUAAACUGCUAACAAUAAAUUACUGGGCAUUCUCAAUACUUGAACAUGGAACAUGUGCACAGAAUAAAAA